UGACUCCUCCACUUCGAACCUGGACGUGGUUUCAAGCCCUUUACUCUCAGGGCCCGCACCUCAUCAGCCGUCUUCGGUCGAUGCUCACUGCCAGAGCUCUUCUACCGGCUGAACAGCGCUUCCUGUCCUCGAUAUUACCGAGCAAUGGCUCUUACUCAACCUUCAACUUCGGAGAGGACGAUCCGCAAAAUUGACAUUGCCCAGGUGUCCCUCAGCCUUCAGGAUCGUUUAGGCCUCGCCAAAGUCAAAUAUCAGAACGGACGUCUACAGGCCCUCGGACCAAACCAUAAUGGCGGAAUACAGGUGUGCUUGGGAAGUGACAGGCCGUCGGAUUCUUCGUCGGAGGUCUCGCACAGCCGGAGUGAAACCCCAUUGACUCCGCCUCCCUUGCCCAACUCGUCAUAUUCGAAGGAGCUCCCUCGAUCGUCUCGGAAUAGACAUGCAGCAACCUUCGAUUCAAAGGCAAUGCAGCCCAUGCUGUCUGCCAGCCGAAAGCGUCUACGAUCGGACUCGAUUACAGACCGUACGGUUAAAGCCCCCCGGGUGUCUUGGAAGAGUUCACACCACCUGCCUGAAUCGUCUCCAGGCUUCAACCGACAGCACCUGAACCGACACCUUCCCCUUCCCUUCAUGUCAGAUAUCCCCGAGUAUUCCUCGCCGGCAUAUCCUCCUCACUCAGAAGACGACAACGACCCCGACCUCCCCGUUCACAGUUUUCAGCAUGUCAGCUCUAUGGCAGGCUCUUCACCUCCCCGCACGCCUCCUCCCAAGCACGCCCGUCUAUCCCGGAACGACCGACAAUUGCGGCAUGCAGACGGAGCAGAUUUGCUUCUGUACCUGGCCAAUUCCCCAACUCCGGCCAAACCGCAGCAGGCUCGGGACUUCCCUCCGUCGACUCCUCCGAGCCAGCACGCCGCUCUCCCGUCACUAACACCCACUCCUGGCGGCGGCGGCGUCUUCCCCAACUUCGGCACUCCGAAUCAACAGUUCAACUUUGCCGACUUUGUGAAUGUAACACCCAGUCCUGCCCAACCUCCCUGGGGCGGUCGCACGCCUGGAGGGCCCUCCAGAACACCCCUUGCGAACAAGGAGCGAAAGAGAUCUAAUCUUGACGGCCUGCUGCCCCCGAGCACGGACAGCCCGAGGAACCGCGGAAAGGGGCCUGCCAUGGUCCUCCAACUCGGUGAAGAGCUGCGACCGGAAAAAAGCAAAUAAAUCUGGAUGUACAGAUUCUACCCUUCUUGUCUAUGCGUUUUCCCCCACCCCUAUUGCUUAUGACUCCUAAUGACUGUUAUGUUCUACCCACCUUCAUACCCCGCCACUGUAUCCAAUGUCUAGUCAAAGUUCCCUUGUGUUAUCCGGCCACGCCCUGUCGUGGGCCGGUACUAUCGAAAUAAUGUACACGCCACCUGUCCAUACCACAUACCCCAUUUUCUUUAUGCCAUGUUUUCCAGAGGACUAUUGGAAACUGAUUUCCUUUGUGUGCAAACAUAUCGUGUGACUCACUGUUCGGUUAAUCUUGACGUUCCUUGUCCCUACUAUCAACCACAGAUACUCAUGAUAUUGCUUUGAUCAAGCAGAAUACAAUAGUACCAUUCCCACACGAUUAUACAUCUCAAUCAAUGACCAAAGUCUCUACCUCAUGACGUCUACACUUGACAACCCUGUAAGUUAUCAUCAGGAACCGUAUCUGACAACGAAAGUCACGAGGAAUUACGAC